CUGAUCACUUAUAGGAUUUGCCUUCCUGGACCGCAUCAUCCUGGGUAUUUUCAAAACUCCACUGUGGUUAGUUCAAGUACCUUCCGUUCGCUAGUUAACAAAAUAUGGAGGGGAGGCAAGGAUUCAAAGCGUGUCUUUUCGAGCAAACCGGGAGAACAUUGGAAGUUACGCCUCCCAGACAAAAGUCCACUGGACCCCUAUCGGUUAUGGAUGCAUGAUAGAAGAGGAUUUCGGCAGGACAACUGGUAUAAUUCGCCAAAUGACUGUGUGGAGAAUAUUAGAAAGACUUUUUACACGCCUUACUACCAUGAAAAUCGCCACAAUUUGAUUCCGCGAUCAGAGGAAUUGACCGACUUUUGGGAAAGGCAUCCGGCACGUCUGCUUAAUGAAUUUGUCUACCGAGUUCCGGAUUACUAUUCGAAACGCGGAGAGGAAAUAAAAAUGACUUGCGAGCGUGACUGCCUGCCCAAGUUUAAACCACCUCCAGCCAAGAAGAUUAGUGAGGGUUGCCUCAUGCGCCUUCAAUUCAUGGCAAAUAGUUACCGAACCUUCGACGAUGGCUAUGCCAAUGAUUUUGACCAGUAG